AUGGAGGCUGAAGCGGACAAGCAUGGGUUGACUGUCCAUGGGGUUAUCGAUUUGGGUUGCCUGGAGCUUCAAAAAGCUGAGCGGGGUGUGACAAGGGAGGUUGUUGUCAGGUCGAAGGAUCGGGAGGGAGAGGAAAGGGCUAUGCUUGUGCACGCAUAUUUUGUGAGUUGGAGGGCUGGGCGGGCUUAUAGGUCUGGGUUCAGCGUGAAGGCGGCGGAUUUUGAUGCGCCCAUCUCGUCCUCCAAUCCCGCUAUUGUGGAAUAUACGUUCCAGCGGUUCCAUAUCGGGCGAUACGAAGAUACCAUCGAGUUGUUAUUCCAACUCCUCCGUUCCUCGUCCUCCCAGCCUCCCGGCAAGUUCAUCAUCCGACGUACGAUUACAACGACCCUUCUCCCUUCGGAGUCGUCUUCGUUGACGUUGUACAAGUCCCUUCUCCCCUCGUCUGCGUAUGUGCCUCGGAAUACGCGCCGGGGUGGACUUGGACAGGUGGAGGUGGUAGGGGGUGUGCCUCCUCCCGCGCUCAAGGCGAUUCGAUAUGUUGUGCCGCUUGGCGAGGCGGAGGUUCCGCAGCUUGUUAGGGCCAUACUUGACGACUCUUUAUCAACGACCUUGGACGACGACACUGACAGUGUUGUCGAAGAUGGAGAGGUGCCUCACGAUCGGCCUAGAGGGUUCAAAACGACCACCCAGAAGCUCGCUCAGAUACGCAAGUUUCACCCACCGACCUUCGAUAUUCAGAGCUAUACGAAGCAUUUUAAGAGUUUGUUGUGGUAUGAGGAGGUUAAAUCUGAUUUGGCGAUUCCUGGAUUAGCGGAGAAGAGGCCUAGUGUGCUUGUCGGCGACAAGCUCCUCGUCCAACCAGCCUCUGGAAACUCUAAGCAGUGGUGGGAGGGCUACGUCUACGUUGUGCGACAGAAUGAGGUUGGGAUGAAGUUCCAUUCGUCCUUCCCCGCCGAUAGGAAAGGGAAUGGGAAGACGGAUACGACGUAUAAUGUCCGAUUCAAGCUUAACCGUACGGUUUUGAGGAGGCAGCAUCAGAUGUUGGAUUGUGUGGCUUCCCUGUGGCUUGCUAUGCAUCGGGUCAAACUCAAUGCGGAGGCUGGCUCGACAAGGACGGUGGCAAAGAAGAAAAGGGCUACACCUCUUGGACCCAGGUUGACGUUCUUCAACCCGAAGAUUGCUUCGAAUGAGCGGCAGGACUUUGGCUUCGCACUGACCGACAUUCACUCUCUGGCCUAUUCGCCUACCACGUGUGAAUUCGUGACAUGCGCGAAUAGUCCAGGAACGGGCAAAACUUUGACGCUUGUUGAGUCUAUCUUGCAGAUCCUCUUCUUGGAUCCGACAGCCAAGGUUCUGGUGUGCGCGCCGAGUAAUAGCGCAGCGGAUGUGCUUGCGCUGAGGAUACUUGCUGCCUCCGGGACGUCUUUGUCGUCGUCUUCUGCGAAGCUGUCCCGUUCGGCCUUUGAUUCACGGGUUAGGAUCACGCCUAAAGACUUGUUCAGACUAUAUGCACCUUCCCGGUCUAAGCGGGAUGUCCCUGACUCCCUCUUGCCUUAUACCUACAGCACAGCUAUGCGAGAGGACCGCUCGCAUAACCAGUCUAGAUACAAUGCCUAUGCAAGCCGGGAUACUAGACAUCGUUCCUCCACCACCUCCAAGUCCAGCAACACUCACUCGACAACUGUGGAGGAAACAUUCACCAUCCCUCCACGGCAUACCCUGCUUUCUUACCGGGUCGUAGUGACGACCUGUUUGUCGUCUUGUAUUCUUUAUGGGACGGGUGGAGUCCCGAGGGGCCAUUUUACGCAUGUUGUGGUUGAUGAGGCUGGCCAGGGGACGGAGGUGGAGAGUUUGGUGCCCUUUGUGGUUGGUGCUGUCGGGUUGGUUGGUGGUUUGGAGCGGGAGAGGGAGGGUACUAGUGGAAAUAAAAAGUCUGUUGGUGGAGAUGAGGGUCGGGAUAGUGAGGAGGUUUUCCCGAAUUGGGUGCUAUGUGGCGACCCCAAUCAGUUGGGGCCUAUCAUUCGUUCUGGGAUUGCUCGACAUUUUGGGUUUGAGAAGAGUUUGUUGGAGAGGUUGAUGAGUGCUGGGGGAGGUGGAGGAGGAUGUUAUCAUUGGGAGAGUGGGGAGAGCGAAAAUAUCGUGAAGUUGACGAAGAACUUCCGGAGUCAUGAGGGGAUUUUGCGGUACCCGAAUGAGAGGUUUUAUGGUGGUGAACUUGAAGCAUGUGCUUCGCAUGAACUAGCGGGGUUCUGUUUGACAUCUUCGAUUCUCCCUCGUUCCGGAUCCCAUUCCCAAUCCAACGCCAACUCGGACGCUGGCUCGAAAUUCCCCGUUAUUUUUCAUUCGAUAUCGGGCAAAGAUUCUCGGGAGGCUUCGUCGCCUUCUUUCUUCAAUGUGGAGGAGGUACUGCAGGUCAAGGAGUAUGUUGUGAGGUUGAAAGGGGAUAGGAAUGUUCGAAUUACCGACCACGACAUUGGAAUCAUCUCCCCUUACCACGCGCAAUGUCUUAAACUCCGUACGGCUCUCCGACCUAUUGCGGAGAGUGUGAAGAUUGGAAGUGUGGAAGAGUUCCAGGGUCAAGAGCGGAAAGUGAUUAUUAUCUCUACUGUGCGAAGUAGUAGGGAGUUUUUGGAGUAUGAUUUGCAUCAUACGUUGGGGUUUGUUGCUAAUCCUAGGAGGUUCAAUGUGGCGAUAACUCGCGCGCAAUCCCUCCUCGUUGUUGUUGGCGACCCGAAUGUGUUGGGUCUGGACCCGCUUUGGCGCGGGUUUUUGAAUUAUGUUGAGAGGAAUGGUGGAUGGGUCGGGCCUGAGAUUCCAUGGGACUCUUCUGUCGAGGUUCCGUUGCCCCCUCUCGCUGCGGCCUCGGGGCCUUCUCGUACUACUAGUGGCGAGCCGAAUGUUGAAGGUCCUGAGAACCUCGGUACCUUCAGAUAUGAUGUGGCGAUUCGGAAAGCUGUCGAGGCGGAUAUGGAUGACUUGCAGAGGAGGAUUGAGAGGUUGGCGAUGGAGGUUGUGGAGGAUGUGGAUGCGAAUGUUGAUCGGCCUUGGAGGGAUUAUGAGUAG